AUGGUGAUCGAUGCGGUGGUAAAACAUUGUGCUUUCCUUAAUAUGAUUGGUACAAAAUUACCAAAUUUUCUUUAUCCCUUUUUGGUGUUUUCGGUUGCUCUGAACGCGUCGCAAUGCGAAGUGAACGGGAGUCACGCGUUCACUCUCUGUGAGCGCUCUUGUCAAAAAUGUGGUGGAAUCGUGCCACCAGAAUAUGAUUUGAAAAAGGUGCCAAAAGCGUUGCAAAGAGUCGCUUUUUUGAUUGGGAAAUGGAAAAGCGAGUUUGGCGGGAAAGCUUUCUUUCCGACGAUACCAAAAUUUACUUAUGGAGAAGAGAUUGAUAUCAAAAUGACUCAUCACAUUGUGCAGCCACCAACACUCAAUUACACAGCUUUUGCUUGGGAUGCAUCAGAUGAGAACAUUACAGAGUUACACUCGGAAAGUGGUUACAUUGCGCCCAAAUUAUCACCUCAAAAUUUCACUCAAUAUUAUCUUACAACAGCGAUGAGUAAUGGAUUUAUGACUGUGGAAUCGGGUGAGGUUGGAGAAAACGCAAUCAAAUUUCGGUUGAGAAAGAUUGGGAGAAUAUCUUUCAGUCAUGAUUCAGCUGUUCGUCUUAUGUUUCGCGAAUGGACACUUUUGGAUGAAAAUCGAUUGGAAGCUCGCCUUUUGAUGACCACUACUGUUACUAGACAUCUCAUGGAGCAUACGUCAAUUAUUUAUAAAAGAAUUUUUGAGUAU